GAGCCGCGCGCACUUCCGGGACGUGGCGCGCGCCCUGGGGAAGCUCCUCGCGCGGUGGUUUCGGGGCGAGCGAUUGAGCUGGGUGCGAGUGGGCGCCCGCAGGGGCGCUGAAAGAAAAGUAGAUCUAGGGACUCCGAGGCCGCCCCAGAAAUGAUUCACGAACUGCUCUUUGCCCUGAGUGGGUACCCGGGGUCCAUUUUCACCUGGAACAAGCGGAGCGGCCUGCAGGUUUCCCAGGACUUCCCAUUUCUUCACCCCAGUGAGACGAGUGUUCUGAACCGACUCUGCCGGCUCGGCACAGACUACAUUCGAUUCCUUGAGUUUAUUGAACAGUACACAGGCCAUGUGCAGCAACAGGAUCACCAUCCAUCCCAGCAGGGCCAAGGUGGGCUCCAUGGGAUCUACCUGAGGGCCUUCUGCACAGGGCUGGGUUCAGUUCUGCAGCCUUACCGCAAAGCACUACUUGACUUGGAACAAGAGAUCCUGGCUGACCCACAUCUCUCCAUAUCACAUGUCAAUUACUCCUUGGAUCAGUUCCAGCUCCUUUUUCCCUCUGUGAUGGUUGUAGUGGAGCAAAUUAAAAGCCAAAAGAUUCAUGGCUGUCAAAUCCUGGAAACAGUUUACAAACACAGCUGUGGGGGGUUGCCUCCAGUUCGAAGCGCACUAGAAAAAAUCCUGGUUGUAUGCCACGGAGUCAUGUAUAAACAGCUCUCGGCCUGGAUGCUGCAUGGACUCCUCUUGGACCAGCAUGAAGAGUUCUUCAUCAAACAGGGUCCGUCGUCUGGUAAUAUCAGUGCCCAGCAGGAAGAGGAUGAGGAGGAUCUGGGAAUAGGAGGCCUGACAGGAAAACAACUGAGAGAACUGCAGGACCUGCGCCUAAUUGAGGAAGAGAACAUGCUGGCCCCAUCUCUGAAGCAGUUUUCCCUGCGGGUGGAGAUCUUACCAUCCUACAUUCCAGUGCGAGUUGCUGAGAAAAUCCUCUUUGUUGGAGAGUCUGUCCAGAUGUUUGAGAAUCAGAAUGUGACCCUGACGAGGAAAGGGUCCAUCUUGAAGAACCAGGAGGACACUUUUGCUGCAGAGCUGCAUCGGCUCAAGCAGCAGCCACUCUUCAGCCUGGUGGAUUUUGAGCAGGUGGUGGAUCGGAUUCGUAGCACUGUGGCUGAGCACCUCUGGAAACUAAUGGUAGAAGAAUCAGAUUUACUGGGUCAGCUAAAGAUCAUUAAAGACUUUUACCUUCUGGGACGAGGAGAACUAUUCCAGGCCUUCAUUGACACAGCUCAACACAUGUUAAAAACACCUCCCACUGCAGUAACAGAGCAUGAUGUGAACGUGGCCUUUCAGCAGUCCGCACACAAGGUGCUGCUGGACGACGACAGCCUUCUCCCUCUGCUGCACUUGACCAUCGAGUAUCACGGGAAGGACCACAAAGCAGAUGCCACCCAGCCCCGAGAAGUGCCUUCUAGGGACACAUCCCCCCGGGAAGGCCCCGCGUCGGGCUGGGCCGCGCUCGGCCUCUCCUACAGAGUCCAGUGGCCGCUGCACAUUCUCUUCACCCCAGCUGUCUUGGAAAAGUACAAUGUUGUUUUCAAGUACUUACUGAGUGUGCGCCGGGUCCAAGCUGAACUACAGCACUGCUGGGCUCUCCAGAUGCAACGCAAGCACCUCAAAUCUAACCAGACAGACGCAAUCAAGUGGCGCCUAAGGAAUCACAUGGCCUUCUUGGUAGACAAUCUUCAAUACUAUCUCCAGGUAGAUGUGCUGGAGUCUCAGUUCUCACAGCUGCUUCAUCAGAUCAAUUCUACUCGGGACUUUGAAAGUAUCCGAUUGGCGCAUGAUCACUUCCUAAGCAAUCUGCUGGCCCAGUCCUUUAUUUUGCUGAAACCUGUGUUUCACUGCCUGAAUGAAAUUCUGGAUCUGUGUCACAGUUUUUGUUCACUGGUCAGUCAGAACCUGGGUCCACUGGAUGAGCGAGGAGCUGCCCAGCUGAGCAUUCUUGUGAAGGGCUUUAGUCGCCAGUCUUCACUCCUGUUCAAGAUCCUUUCCAGUGUUCGGAAUCAUCAGAUCAACUCAGAUUUGGCUCAAUUACUGCUCCGGCUAGAUUAUAACAAAUAUUAUACCCAGGCUGGUGGAACUCUGGGCAGUUUUGGGAUGUAAAAACUCUGGUU